CACCGACACUGCGCCGCACACCUCCAGCAUUCCUCCCUUUUCCUCCAGAUUUUAUUUCCGCAGCAGCUUCACCUCCUCCGGACGUUUCACGCAGCACUACGAGACCAGCUUGAAACAUGUCUGCCAGGGUGGCUUUGGUAACGGGCAGUAACAAGGGCAUCGGCCUGGCCAUCGUCCGAGCGCUUUGCAAGCAGUUCCAAGGAGACGUUUACCUUGCCGCCAGAGACGUCGGUCGUGGUCAGGAAGCAGUGGCGUCUCUGGCCUCAGAGGGACUGACGGCCUUGUUUCACCAGCUGGACAUCAACGACCUGAACAGCAUCACCACCGCCGCUGCGUACUUUAAAGACAAGUAUGGAGGAGUGGACGUGCUCGUCAAUAAUGCUGCGAUAGCGUUCAAAGUGGCAGACACAGCUCCAUUUGCGGUCCAGGCAGAGGUGACCCUCAAGACAAACUUCUUCGCCACCAGAGACAUGUUGACUCACUUCCUGCCGAUCAUUAAAGCUGGAGGCCGUGUUGUGAACAUUUCCAGCAUCGCUGGCUCCGGCGCUCUGAAGCAGUGCAGCGCGGCCCUCCAGGAGCGAUUCCGCAGCGAGAACAUCACAGAGGAGGAGCUGGUGGGACUGAUGCAGUGUUUCGUUGAGGAGGCCAAGAAGGGCGAGCACAAGCAGGGCGGCUGGCCUGAAACGGCGUAUGGAAUAUCCAAGACUGGACUGACGACCCUGUCCAUGAUCCUGGCUCGACGUCUGUCCAAGGAGAGACCGAAUGACGGGAUCCUGCUGAACGCCUGCUGUCCAGGCUGGGUGCGCACCGAUAUGGCCGGUCCAAAAGCCCCCAAGUCACCAGACGAGGGCGCUGUCACUCCGGUCUACCUGGCACUGCUGCCCCCCGGGGCCACAGAGCCUCACGGAAAGUUUGUCUCUGAGAAAGAAGUUCAGCCGUGGUGAAAGGGUUAAAGACACCUGAGUGUGUGCUUGUGUGUUUAUUUCAUGUUCUUAUAUAUCAAAAGGGACUUAAACCUGAAUGCAUCUCAAAAUCAGAAGUUGAGGUCCACACGGGUAGAGACUGCUUAUAGAGGGGGUAAGACUUGGUUUUAGGGUUCAGGUCAGGGAUGGAAAUUAACACCAGCCAAAUGUGGGUGGAUUUUCCACUUGGGGGCUUAAAUGUUGGAAGGCCACCCGCCACAUUGGCGGUUAAAUGUAUUCGUCAUGAUAUCACCAUAUAAUUUCUAUUUCACGGUAAUUGGCAGCAGACCUUCUGCCAAAGGUUCUUGUUUGUUGUGUGUCGUACUUAAAUUGGUCCCUGAUAUACCAAGGGAUCUAAAAUCAUGUAACACACGGAUUAAAGGGCUUCAUUGGUUGUUGUUUA